CUCUUCCUCUGCAAAUAACACUUUGGUCUCUUAUAGCGUAUUGUGGCUACCAGUAAAUACGUCGAUUUCUUUAUUUCUACAGAUUAUUUUCGUGUCUUCUUUUGCUCAAACGAAUUUGACUUGUGAAAAGCUUGGGAUUUCGCCUUGAACACGCCAAAAGUCCGUAGGUUACCCAGGUUAACUUUUGGUUUCAUUCACAUUGAACCCAUUCAGUACUGUAUUCUUAUAAAAGCUUAAGAGAGAGAAUUCGAUUUUCAUCCUAAAUUGGAAGUUUUAAACUGGAAUUGGAUUGUUUUGACUGUCUACGAGGAUAUUAACGAAGAGAAAGUAACUUUGUGACAGAUAAAGGCAUUGUCGUAGAAUAUCAUGUCUGAUGCAUAUGAAGAAGACGAAGGAUUUUUUCAAGAAGAAGAAGACUUUGAUGACGAGGUGUUCGAAAACUCGGAUUUAGAGGAAGAAUUUGAUGCUGAUAAUGUUGUUAUCGAUGACUAUGGAUUUACGGUUGAAAAGAAACGACGGAAAGCAUACGAUGUAGACUACAAAGUGCUUAGUCCUAAAGAUCUUAGGGUCUGGCAAAAUGAAAAAAUAGAGCAAUUGACGUCCAUUAUCACUUUGACAAGAGAGCAAGCAUUGGGUUUGUAUCGCUAUUUCAAAUGGAAUCGAGAAAAGUUGUUAGAAAUGUAUGUCGAUGACCCUGAGCGAACGCUUCAUAAGGCUGGUGUUCAACAAAGUGAUGAAAAAAAGCAUGAAGUUGCAGAAAAGGAAGGUACAUGUUCUAUUUGUUUCGAUGAGGGCUUGCUUCCCUUUUUCAGUGCGGAUUGCAACCAUGAUUUCUGUCUUUCUUGUUAUCAACAUUAUCUUGUGUCGAGAAUUCAAGAAGGAGAAACUAUGAUUCAAUGUCCUGAAGAAGGAUGUAGUCAGAUAAUUUCGCAGCAGUCGAUUUUAAACCUUUUAGAUGAAAAAUUUCACUAUCAAUUUUCUCGGUUGCUGGAUCGAUCUUUUGUUGACGAUAGCGAUAUGUUUCGUUGGUGCCCUGCUCCCGAUUGUCCUUAUGCCAUUGAAUGUCAUGUUUCCCAAAGUAGCUUAAACUCGGUUGUCCCGACGGUAACAUGUCUUUGUGGAAAACAAUUUUGCUUUGGCUGUGGUCGUGAUAAUCAUCAGCCUGCCAUAUGCCCACUCGUGAAGGUCUGGUUACAAAAAUGUCAAGAUGACUCAGAGACGGCAAAUUGGAUCCACGCCAACACAAAAGAAUGUCCCAAAUGCUCUACCACAAUUGAGAAAAAUGGAGGCUGCAAUCAUAUGACGUGUAAAAAAUGCAAAUAUGAAUACUGUUGGGUUUGUUUGGGUCCAUGGAGCGAACAUGGCACGAAUUGGUAUUCAUGUAACCGCUAUGAGGAAAAAAGUGGGUCGAAUGCCAGAGACGCGCAAACUCGGUCGCGAGCAUCUCUAGAGCGCUACCUGCAUUAUUACAAUCGCUUUGCAAAUCAUGAGCAGUCUGCUAAACUCGAUCAUCAGUUAUAUGACAAAACUUAUCAACGUAUGACCCAGAUGCAGGUUGAUUCUAAUUUAUCGUGGGUGGAGGUACAAUUUCUGAAAAACGCUGUAGAUACCUUGUUCGAUUGUCGGCAGACGCUAAAAUGGACGUACGCUUUUGCUUAUUUUCUUGUGAGAAACAACCAAACUGAGAUUUUUGAAGAUAAUCAGCGUGAUCUAGAGCUUGCUGUAGAGAAUUUAAGUGAGUUAUGUGAAAGUCCGACUUUAGACAAGAUGCUUUCUUCCUAUAAGCAAAAGGUUCUGGAUCGAACAGUGUAUGUGCGAAGUCGACGCGAUGUUUUAUUAGACGACACAGCAAGAGGACUGGCAGAAGGACGAUGGGAAUAUGUCGUUGAUUUUUAGCGUAUCUGUCAUUAAGUUGUAAAAAUAUCCUUCUUUUUCGUUAUUUAUGUUCAUAAUAUAAUGUCUUUUUGUUUAUGAUUUCCUUUUUUUUCUGCAUAAACGGCAUAGGUUGGCAUCCACUAUGAAGAAAGCUACUUACUUUUCUGGAAUCUUUUCUUGUAUUUCGCUGUUUACGACUUCGGUUUGUUUACAUCUACGUCAUACUAAAGAUCGUUACCGAACAUUGUAACUUUGGUAUUUUUAACAAAAUAUAUUGUCAACUUUUGAGAAAAUAUUAUUGAAUGUCGUAUCGAUAGAUGUGCUCUGUGUAGUGAAGAAGAUGUUGAGUCUGCAUGAAUUAUGAAUUGCUACCCUAUAUUCUACAAUUUUCGUGAUGAACUAAUAUACUUUA